ACGCAUUUCGUUGCGGCCUUAGCCAUGUGUGCAUACCUUUGUCGAAUGUUUGUGAUGCAAAACAACAGUGUCCACAUGGAGACGACGAGGAAUUGUGUGAUUUCAAAUGUCCAGAAAAGUGUACAUGUGAAGGCUAUAGUGCCAUUUGUUCUAGCCAGCCGUAUAACGUAUUCAACUUUUUGCCAGGUUCAAUUCGAAUUUUGGAUGCAAAUCACUGCAAUGGGUUUAACGGAACUCUAGAUAUACAGCUAAGUUUUCUUUAUUUAAUUGAAAUGAAUAUUUCAUUUUCAAAUAUAGAAUUGAUCUCAAAGGAAUCCUUUUCGCACACACAAAAUCUGUUGAGGUUAGAUUUAAGUUAUAAUUUACUCACAAUUAUCCAGUCAAACGUGUUUAAUGCAUUAAAAUAUUUGAAGAUGUUGCAUCUUUGGGGAAACAGACUGAUAUAUUUGAUUGAGCCAAUUGCUUUUAAUGGUUUGACAUUAAAACACAUAACCCUUUCUUACACUAAAUUAAAAGUUAUUAAGAAAGACAGCUUCAAUGGAUUAAACCUAUCAAAAUUGGAUUUAUCCCAUAAUUUAAUCGAAACAGUUGAAGACUUUGCUUUUGAGCGCUUGACAGUAAAUGAGUUGGAUAUAACUUUUAAUCCAAUCAAGAACUUUGAAAAAGCAAUGUUUAGUGGCUUGGUAGGCUUACAAACACUUAAAACACCGAAGUUCAAAUUCUGUUGCGUGCGCCCAAUUUAUUUAGAAGAAAAAAAACUGUUUUCCACACAGAGAUGAAUUCUCGUCGUGUGGAGAUUUGAUGAGGCGAACUACUCUUCAGUUUUUACUUUGGAUAAUCGGUAUACUCGCUAUAGCUGGAAAUAUUUUUUCCAUAGUGUAUCGCAUGUUGUUUGACAAGAAACGUCUGAAAAUGGUAUAUGGAAUUUUUGUGACAAAUCUUGCUGUGGCUGAUUUAUUGAUGGGAGUGUAUAUGCUGAUCAUUGCAAUAGCUGACAGUGUCUACCGUGGUAGAUAUAUUGAAGAAGAUGAGCAUUGGAGAAGGAGCGCUUGGUGCAGCUUGGCCGGCAUAUUAUCUACUGUUUCUUCAGAAGCUAGCGUCCUCUUUAUUUCCCUGAUUACUGUUGACAGGCUUCUUGUUAUUAAAUACCCAUUUGGAUCAGUGCGAAUUACAACACGUCUUGCCAAAGUGAUGGUCCUCUUUUGUUGGAUUAUUUGCUUUCUUAUUGCUAUUUUACCUAUUGUACAGUCAAAUUAUUUUGGGGAUCAGUUUUAUUCUAAAUCCGCCGUGUGUCUAGCUUUACCACUUACUAAAGAUCGGUCUGUCGGAUGGUUGUACUCUAUUGUUAUUUUUAUCGGGUUCAAUUUCGUAACAUUUGUUAUGAUAGCAUUAGGCCAAACAAUGAUCUACUAUGAAAUUCGACAUCAGUCAUUAGCGAUGAAAAAGAACAGCUCUGCAAGACGGAAUGAUUUGAAAGUUGCCAGGAAUCUGUUACUUGUUGUAACAACAGAUUUUUCCUGCUGGUUUCCAAUUGGAUGCAUGGGUUUAUUGUCUGUGAACGGGCAGACUAUACCUGGAGAGGUAUACGCAUGGACUGCAGUUUUAGUACUACCAAUUAAUUCUGCCAUUAACCCAUUCUUGUAUACCGUAAUGGCUAUAAUAAAUAGCAAGAAAUUCAAUCCGAGCGUGAACGAACAACAGAGUAUGUCAGAGCACAUUAAAGGAAAGAGAAAGGCGUUUCAGCAAGCAUGUGGCAUGUGGUUUCCAGAUCCAAAAGUCGACUUUGAUGUUGUCGAUCCGAAGAACAAUGCUGUAUUAGAAUUGAAGCCUGACGAUCUACUUAAGAUUUUUGCGGAUGUAUUUAAAAGCCUGCAUUUAUAUCACAAACAUGGGCUGUUUUACAAAGAAAUUAAACCAGAAAACGUGCUCAUAUACAUACAACCAAACCUGACAUAUGGAGGAGUCAGAAUCAAACAGAUAUCAAUUGCAUUCUCCAGAAAAACUGAAACAAAACAAGACAUAUACAUGAUUGGUGAGAUUAUGAGGCCAUUGGCCAAAUGCUAACGGCCUCGCUAGAUUCAAAUGAACUAUUGAUAUUUGAUGUAAUUAGACCAUAUGCAGACUUUGGCUUUUCUUAAAGAUAUAUUACUUAGACCCGAUUUUUAUGAUUAUUUGUUUCUUCUUUUCGAUGUCAGUGUUGCAAACGUAGGGGCCCAGUGACAAAGUAUAGUAUUUAAAGCGGCCCUGUUAUGUUUGACAUUUUGAAGGCCACAUUUAAUUCGUUAUUGUAACGUGAUACACUUUACUUCAGUCAAUAGUUGUUUAAAUAUUGUUUUCUUACAAAAUCUAAGAACUUUUUUGUGUGUAACUAUGUCUGAUUACAGUAAACCUCAUUUAUAAGGAACUCGGAUAUAUGGAACACUCGGUUAAAAGGAACGGUUUUCAAUUCCCCGAUCUAAUUCCUUCUUUAUUCAAUGUAAAAAACCUCAGUUAUAGGGAAAUCAGUUUUAAGAAACACUCGGUUAUAAGGAACACUUUUUCUAGUCCCAAAGUACGAAAUUCAAUGGAAAACCCCUCGGUUAUAGCGAACAGACAUAAAGUAUAAAAAAUAUUGAAAACUGGAAAUAAACAGGAUAAUCGCUGAUGACGUCAGAGUAACGUCAGCACUUUCACGCGCUUCAAAUAGUGUUCGCUAUACAAAUUGUGUUCGUUAUACAAACCUCGGUUAAAAGGAAUUAGUUCGCUUUACGGAUAUAAGGAAACUCGGUUAUAAGGAACAAUUUUUAGAAGUCCCAAGCUGUUCCGUAUAAGCGAGGUUUACUGUAUUAUUUUUUUUAUUUUUAUUUUUUGCUCGUCAGCGCCCCGCGAAAUAAGAUUGUUAUUGAAACAUUAUUGUAUUUAAUGCGGUCCAGUUAUUGUCCAAAACUUGAACACUAUAUUUAAUUCGUUAUUGUCACUUGAAUCGUUUUAUUAUAGUCAAUAGCUUUUAAGUAGACUUUUAUAAUAUCAUGGUAACUGUUGAUUAUAUCUGCUUUUUUUCUGUUUAACGCCAAAUUUUAGUUUUUAGUUUGCUUUAUUGUGGUUGUGUUUGUUCGUGUCAGGUGUAUAUUAUCUAUUAUCUGUUAACUCGAAAUGUCGAUUUAUUAAUUCAAAUUCGAAAAUUCAAGUUACUAAAUUGAGUUAGUAUCUCGGAAUGUCGAUUUACAUUUCUUGAAAUUUCAAGUUACUAAGUCGAUAUUUCAAGUUAAUAUGUGGAAAUUUUGAGGAAAGAAUCUCGAAAAUUCGAGUAAAUAAGUCAAAAUUUCGAGUUAAGUAACUCGAAAUUUUGAGUUAAUAACACGAAAUUUCGACUUCGUAUCUGGCGUUUUAUUCGCAAAUUUCGUACGUCUGUCCGUCUGUCAAGGCCAAAAAUGUAAUGGACGACUUUUGACUCUUCAAAAUGGCGUAAUCUGUCUACAUAUCAAUAUGUUGUUCCCAACAUGUAGCGACUUGAAAGUAUACUACCAUACAUCAAUGUAUUACCUGCUCAUAGCCUCUAGAGCUACCCAAGAUUUCAAAAUAUAUCCAGGAUAUAUACCUUUAUUUACAUGUAUAGUAUAUUCAGGUGGUAGGGGCUCAAACGUACUCGAAAACCUUCAAGGUAUGGUUAAAAUAGUGACAUAUUCUAAGUUUGGAUACCUCCCGGUCAUCUUCUAUGACCUCUUCUCUAAGUCGAGAUAUAUCCCGGUACCAAAUCUUGGUCUGACAUAUUACUACACGUUCAUAUGGGGCAUGUCUAUAUUUCGUUGCCUUAAGGGCUCAAACUAGGUCGAAAACCUUCCAGACUUAAGGAUGGUUUCAUAGUGAUAUUUUAUGAGCAUAUGCUGCCCGGUUAUCUUUAUCAUAUGACCCUAUAGGGUUACCCGAUCGAUACACCAAGUACCUAUUCAUGACCAGGAUCUAUACUGUAUAAUACAUCAACGUUAACUUUUGUAGCUAGUAACUGGAAAUUUCGAGAUACGUAAAUCGAAGUUACAAGUUACUUAGUCGAAAUUUUGAGUUAAUAUUUCGAAAUCUCGGAAUUUGGAGUCAAUAAAUAGCAUUCACAUUACACUACGUAGUUUGUGAAUUUACCAGUUUUACAAUAUGUUGGUUAGUUGAUAAAAGAUUGUGCGGUUUUUCCUUUUACUUUUUUGCAUAAAGUAGGUUUGUUUUUAUUGUUAUAUAUUGUAUGCCAUAUUUAAAGGGACUAACCCACAUAUUGUAGUCGAUUUUUUUUUUCAUUUUCUUUCUGCAACCCAUGAUUGUACAUUAAGUGUUGAGCGAAACAUUUUUAUUAUUUUUUCUUUUUGCUUUUAUUACCUCUUGAAAGCUUAUGAAUGAAUGAUUUUGUCUUUUUUGAUUAUUAUUUUAAUUAUUUUUUCUUUUUUGCUUUUAUUACUUCUUUAAAGCUUAUGAAUUAAGGGUUUUGUCUUUUUAUAAUCUAUCUUUUUCUGUAACACAUGAUUGUACAUUAAGUGUUCAGCGAAAUAUUUCAAAUAUUUUUGUAUUUGCUUUUAUUACCUCAUGAAAGCUUAUGAAUUAAGAAUAUUUUUUUUUGAUAAUAAUUAUUUAAUUAUUUUUCUUUUUGCUUUUAUUACCUCUUGAAAGCAUAUGAAUUAAGGCUUUUGUUUCUUUUUUUUGAUAAUGUAUCAUUUUUAUUCUGCAACACAUGAUUGUUCAUUAAGUGUUGAGCGAAUGAUUUUAAUUAUUAUAAUUAUCAUAAAGAAAUACAUAUUACCCCAAACACGCAAUAUUUUAUAUAUGUAGAGUAAAUGAAGAGGAAAAAUAACAGCGAAUUUCUUUCAAACACAUGAUCCCAGAAAGAUACAAAGACAGGAAAAUAAUUUGACAGUUUGUGGAUAAUCUGCUUUUCCAUUAUGAUUGUUAUUCUUUCAUACAUAUUGAGGAGUCUGUAACAACCAGAAAUCAAUUGCAUUCUCCAGAAAAACUGAAACUAAACAAGACAUUUAUAUAUAUUUACAUGAUUGGUGAGAUACUGAGGACAAUGGCCAAAUGCUAACGGGCUUACUAGAUUCAAAUGAACUAACAGUUAUUUGAUAAUGAGGGCAUAUAUACACAAGAUUAUUUCCUAAGAAAUGAUUUAUAUGUCAAUAUGUUUUAUUUCUUUAUUUUUCGGUGUCUGUGUUGCAAAAGUAGGGGCCUAGUGACAUAGUAUAGUAUUUAAAGCGGCCAAGUUAUGUUUGACAAAUUGAAGGCCACAUUUAAUUUUUUGUUGUAACUUGAUACAUUUUACUAUAGUCAAUAGUUGUUUAGAUAUUGUUUUCUUUUUCUUACAAUAUCUUAGAACUGAUUUGUACUUUACUAUCUGAUUAUUUUUUUUAUUUUAUUUUAUUUUAUUUGUUUCUCCUCCGCGUCUCGCGAUUUAAGACGGUUAUUGAAAUAUUAUUGUACUCAAAGCGGUCUAUUAUUAUCUAAAACUUGAAUGUGAUAUUUUAUUCGUUAUUGUAACUUAAAUCGUUUUAUUAUAGUCAAUAGCUUUCAAGCAGAUUUUUUAUAAUAUCAUGGUAACUGUUGAAAAUGUCUUUUUUUUCUGUUUAACGCCAGUUUUUUUCUUUUUUAUAGAUUUUAGUUUGCUUGAUUGUGGAUGCGUUUGUUAGUGCCAGGUGUAUGUAAAUAAUUAACUCGAAAUUACGACAUAUUAAUUCAAAUUCGAAAUUUCGAGUUACUACGUUGGAAUUUUGAGUAAAUAAGUCGAAAUUUCUAGUUAUGUAACUCGCAAUAAUGAGUUAAUAACACGAAAUUUCGACUUCGUAUCUUGCGUUUUUUUCGCAAAAUUUGUACGUCUGUCCGUCUGUCAAAGGCACAAAAAUGUAAUGGACGACUUUUGACUCUUCAAAGUUGAUUCAUCUAUUAAAACAUCCAUAUAUUGUACCCAACAUGUAGGACCUACCCCCAUAGCCUCUAGCGCUACUCCAGAUUUCAAACUCUAUCCAGUAUAGAUACCUUUAUCUACAUGUAUUGUAUGUUCAGGUGGUAGGGGCUCAAACUUGCUCGAAAACCGAUAUGGUCCAAAUAGUGACAUAUUCUAAGUUGGAAUACUUCCCGGUCAUCUUCUAUGACCUCUUCUCAAAAUCUAGAUCUACCACGGUACCCAAUCUUGGUCAGACUCAUUACUACACGUUCAUGUAGGACAUGUCUAUAUUUUCCUGCCUCAUGGGCUCAAACUAGGUCUAAAACCUUCCAGACGUAAAGAUGGUUUCAUAGUGAUAUUUUUAUGAGCAAACGCUGCCCGGUUGUCAUCAUAUGACCCUGUAGGGUUACCCGAUCGAUACACCAAGUACCUAUUCAUGGCCAGAAUCUAUACAUCAAUUCAACUUUUGUGGCAUUAUUUUUUUGCAUAAAGUAAUGUUUAAUUUUAUUGUUAUAUUCUAUCCUAUAUUUAAAGAGACUAACCAACAUAUUAUAGUCCAAAACAUUUUUUUUCUCAUUUGUUUCUGCAACACAUGACUCUACAUUAAGUGUAGAGCGAAAGAUUUUAAUUAUUUUUUCUUUUUGCUUCUAUUACCUUUUGAAAGCUUAUCAAUUAAGGAUUUUUUUGAUUAUUAAUCUUUUUUCUAUGCAACACAUGAUUGUACAUUAAGUGUUGAACGAAAUAUUUUAAUUAUUAUAAUUUUCAUAAAGAAAUACAUUUUACCCCAAACACGCAAUGUUUUAUAUAUGUGUAGUGAAUGAAGAGGAAAAAGAACAGCGAAUUUCUUUCAAACACAUGAUCCCAGAGGGAUACAAGGACAGGAGAAUAAUUGUACAGUUCGUGUGUGUCUGCGCGUUUGGAAAAUAUAAAAGUCGGUCAAAAGUCGAUUACAAGGUCUUAAAAUCGAUUAUUUGCUUCUUUUGGUACAAAACAACCAACCAUCUACUGAUCAAUGUGUUUACAUAAAUAUACCGAUAAACCAUUUAAAGGCGUGUUCCAGUUUAAUUUUAUCCGCAUAAUGCAAAGUGAAAUUGCCACUGGACACGUGUUAUCAUUGUAAAAUUUGCUGAUGUUGCCGUAUUUCAUUUUACUAAUUUAAUGCAAGUGAUUUAAUGCUGUUAACUGCUAUUUGAAAUACUUUGCUUUUUACUCUAACAUAUUCAGUUUAAUACUUUACGGAGUUUUAUUUAAAAUUCUUUAUUAUAAUAAAAGGUUUGUAUGAUCUGUAUAAUAAACUUACAAAUUCUUGGAAAAGGCUUUUAAAUCUCUCAAAUUACCAAACUAAACUGUUCAUAUACAAAACGCAAUGAUUUUGAAAGGAAAUGCAAUGGCAAACCCAUCGUCAACAAGUAUUACAGCCAGGACUUUAAAUACUGCAUUCCCUGCUUGAUGAAAGUUGUCAAAGAAUUAUAAAGUUUGCCUUCAAAUUAACUCGAUGUUCUUUUAAUGUGAAGUGGCCUAGCUUAAAGCCGUUUGCAACAACUAAGGGGAAGAAAUUUUAUUCUGUGUAACGACCUGUAAUAUUGCGAAAUAAACCUUUAAACAUACGGUAAUUUAAUCACCUCAAGUGCUAUUUUCUAUAGUAAGUUUUACAACUACACAAUACAUUUAACAUGUUCUACAAAAAAAAAAACCCACAUCUUUCGCGGUUAAAAUUCAUUAAAGGAUCCAUUUUUCCCGAAACCAAAGAAAUGUUUAGAGAAAAUAACUUGUUAUCGUAUGCAGUACUAGGCACUAACGUGGAUUUUUCACCUGAUAGCAUGCGUGUAAUGUAACUUAAAACGAUACCAUACCUUCUCGCAAAAGUUGUCUCAAUUGCCAUAGGGUCUGUUUACUACUUGCAAAUAUGCCACCAUAAGAAACAAUCUCAAACCAAUGGCAAAUCUAAAAAUGUUUGUCAUUUUAGUUAUUUUGACUAAAUCCAUUACAUAAUACAAGUUUUGUAAAUUUUAAAGACAUCAUAUUCAUAAAACAAUUACUAUAGGUAUAAUAGAGUCAAAUGCCUGAAACCAACGAUCAUCUUUUAUUUGUUACAAAUUUAUAUUUGAAUGGAGGAUUUUCCCUUGCACACAGUUAUAAUAUGAAACUUGGGCAAACAUCAACAAUUUUUUUGCUGUAUUCGGGAGUGAAUUAAUCAUUGAAUCAAGCCGGUUCACCAUUUAAACGGAAACAACACUCAGUUGUGAUGUACCAGUCAAUACGCAUACCGAGGUACUCUGAACUUUUUGAAAAUAAAAGGCUUUUGUAAUUGGUAGAAAGAAUAUCCGAUACAACUUUUGAAUGACCCACUCGAUAAUUGUCUACAAGCAAGUGUAAAACAAAUCCUUUGACUUUUCAUCUUUUUAACAUUUUUGCAUCGUCAUUGAAACAACUAGCUUAUUGUAACUACGACUAGUCAAAGCGAGUCCAUGUGAUGAAUUAAUGACCGGAUGCCUUUGGUUUUGCCGAGUUUCGGAGUAGCAUACACUUAGAAAACUUUAGGGGAGACAUUAUAUAAUAUUGCUUAUUAAAAAUAAGAAAGGUUUGCAUUAAAGAAGAAAACAUAGAAAAAUAUACAUAUAGCACUGCGAUGUGUCCCAAAAUCAAUGAUAGCUAAAUGGCUUUCUCUUGAC